AUGCUCCUCAGGUAUGAUCUACACCUGGUUAUUAGUAGGUGUAAAGAAGCACACGCUAAUGUGAAUAGCUGGUUUUCUGGUGGCGGCUGCCGUCUGCAGCUGGAGCCUGAGGUGCGUCUGUGGAAGUCACAUUAUCACAGGGCUCUGUUCAACAACGUGGAGACGCACGGAGCCGUACGGCCAUUGGCGCCAGCGGCGCGUAAACGCUCCUCCACAGCAGAGGGAUCAAACCGCUCACAUCCGGAGCCAGGUGUGAGGACAUCACACACAUGCAGCCGCCGACCCUGGACCCUGGAUCUCCCGCGCUUCUUCCGUGGAUCUUGUUGUCGUGGCCAGAUUCUUGGUGCAGGUCCAAGCUCCUGUGUCUCCAUGAUGCCUUCUGGUAACCAGGGUAUGGGAGGUGGCAUGGGCUCACAAUUUAUGGGCUCUCCGUUCUACAAUGAAGCCGUCCCAAAAAGCUACGGCCAACCUGUGAUGUACGGACGCCCCAGUUCAGCAUACAACCCUCCAGCCUACACUGGAAGUUAUACUGGAAACAGUGGAGGAGCUGGUUUAGAGGCUCGAGCUUCUUCAGACUUCACACAUGCAGCUGCCGCUGCUGUAGCGGCGGCUGCUGCCACUGCUACUGCUACUGCUACUGCCACCGUAGCAGCCAUUCAAGAAAAGCAAAACCAAGAGCUGAGCUACAGCCAGAUGGGUGGACCCUCUUACAGCACCCAGUUCUUAUCGCACUCUGGACCUCGUGGCCCUCCAGCUAUGAAUCCUGGAGGGAUGGGUGCAAACAGACAUGGAAGUUUGUACCCCCCUCAUCCUUCACAGAUGCAGAAAAUCCCUCCACAUGGAAACUAUUCAGGGGGACAACAAGGCCUCAAAAGACCUUUUCACUCUGAGGUGUUUCCUGUGCAGCAGUAUGGCUCUGGGGGAAUGUCGUACCCUAAUCAUCUGCAGUAUCUACCCGGGCCUCCCCAGCAAUGUGCCCCCUCCUCGUCUUUUCCAUCCAGCCGCUUACCGCAUAUGGGACAGUACAACUCUGCAUCACUGAACCCAGGGCAGUUUGCAGGAGCUCCCCAACCAAAUCCUCCCCAGUAUUACAAGCCUGAACCUCUCAAUGGUCAAGGAAGCCAUCCACAGGGAGGGACCGGAGCUUAUACUUUGACACAAGCUGCCGUGAACAGGCCGGGGAGGGGUGGAGUGAUGCUGGGAUAUCCCAGUUCACCUAUGGGUGGGAAUCCUACUCCACCAAUGACACCAGGGACCACAACGCCUUUGUAUCUUUCUCCGGGCCACGAUACCAAACCUCCUUACUUACCCCCAGACGCUAAAUGCACCAUCACACCCCCACAGGUCUCUACAGUUAGAGAUGGUGUUGUGUUAGAUCCUUUCAGACUGGAGCAUAACCUCGCUGUCAGCAAUCAUGCUUUCCAGCUGCGAGACUCUGUUUACAAGACCCUCAUGAUGAGACCGGAUUUGGAGCUACAGUUUAAAUGCUACCAUCAUGAGGACAGACAAAUGAACACUAACUGGCCCGCGUCUGUUCAAGUCAGUGUGAAUGCCACUCCUAUGUGCAUCGAACGAGGGGAUAAUAAAACGUCCCACAAGCCCUUGUACCUCAAGCAGGUGUGCCAGCCUGGACGCAACACUGUACAGAUCACUGUUACUGCCUGUUGUUGUUCCCAUUUGUUUGUGCUUCAACUUGUCCACCGGCCGUCUGUCAGAAGGAUCCAGCUUCCAGCACGAGGCCAUGACUGCAGGCACAUUCAGUGUUUUGACUUAGAAUCAUAUCUUCAAUUAAAUUGUGAACGAGGCACCUGGAGAUGCCCUGUAUGCAAUAAAACUGCAUUACUGGAAGGACUUGAGGUGGACCAGUACAUGCUUGGAAUUCUUGUGUACAUCCAAAAUUCGGAGUAUGAGGAGAUCACCAUAGACCCCACAUGUGGUUGGAGACCUGUGCCGGUCAAACCAGAUGUGCACAUAAAAGAGGAGCCUGAUGGACCGGUGCUGAAGCGCUGCCGCACCCUCAGCCCCAGCCUCAUGCUUCUGCCUCAUGUGAUGGACAUGAUCUCUGCUCUGGGGCCAGCUCCAUACCACACACUGCCACCAGGGGGCAGGACCACUCCUGACUUCAGCAGACAAGUGAGCCAAGGAAUUACCAACCAAUCUGGGUUCACAGACUUCCCCCACACACCUGGAACGCCAACGAUGGGAGAGUCAUCAUCGCUGUCCUAUCCCUCUGACCCAACUCAACAUGGGGCUGGGUAUAGCGACCACUCUCACCACAUUUUGUCCCAGCACAUCCCCGGUGGCCAUGGUAACCAGGGCCAUGCUGACACCAGUUCUACCCAGAAAACAAGCCUCCGGAGUGAGGGCUCUUUUGGGCUGGGAGGUCCAGUGACACCGGCUGGAGAUGGAGCAGAUCAUGUGCUUGAUUUCCUACCAGAAUUGACAAACCCAGAUGAACUGCUGUCCCUCUUGGGUCCUCCUGACCUCCCAAACAACAGCAGCGAUGACCUUCUGUCUCUGUUUGAGAACAACUGA